AUGCCCUCUCAGGCCUCUGAUUGGCAGAAACCUGGGAGCGUGGCAACUGAGAGUGUCCCUGUAAAUCAGCUCACAGUGUAUCCCAGCCACACAGAAGAGAGCAAGAACCAGGCUGUGAAUGGCUCUGAGGUCAGGAUGUUGCCAGAUGUAACGAGCGUUGUGACGGCUGUCGCGCCCUUCCGCCAAUGUAGCCCAUCUUUCUCCAUCUGUCUCACAGGCCCCUGUGGAUGGGAUGUAGCGCCGCAGAGGCCCUUCCGCGGGGACCGCUGCCCGCGCCGCCAGCGGGGCAGGGACCAUGCCCCGCACCCGCGCUCGCAGCGGGUCCGGCGCGGCUGGGUGUGGAACCAGUUCUUCGUGCUGGAGGAGUACAUGGGCUCCGAGCCGCAGUACGUGGGCAAGCUCCAUUCUGACUUAGAUAAGGGAGAGGGCACCGUUAAAUACACCCUCUCGGGAGACGGCGCGGGCUCCGUUUUUACCAUCGAUGAAACUACAGGGGACAUUCAUGCAAUAAGGAGCCUGGAUAGAGAAGAAAAACCUUUCUACACGCUUCGUGCCCAGGCUGUGGACAUAGAAACCAGGAAGCCCCUGGAGCCGGAAUCAGAAUUCAUCAUCAAAGUGCAAGAUAUUAAUGAUAACGAGCCCAAGUUUCUGGAUGGACCGUAUGUGGCGAGUGUCCCAGAAAUGUCUCCUGUGGGUGCAUAUGUGCUCCAGGUCAAGGCCACAGAUGCAGAUGACCCAACCUAUGGAAACAGUGCUAGAGUCGUUUACAGCAUUCUUCAGGGACAACCUUAUUUCUCUAUUGAUCCCAAGACAGGCGUGAUUAGAACAGCUUUGCCGAACAUGGACAGGGAAGUCAAAGAGCAAUACCAAGUGCUCAUCCAAGCCAAGGACAUGGGCGGGCAGCUGGGAGGGCUGGCCGGAACGACAAUAGUCAACAUCACCCUCACCGAUGUCAACGACAAUCCACCUCGAUUCCCCAAAAGCAUCUUCCAUCUGAAAGUUCCCGAAUCUUCUCCUAUUGGCUCAGCUAUUGGAAGAAUAAGAGCUGUGGAUCCCGAUUUUGGACAGAACGCAGAAAUUGAAUACAACAUUGUUCCAGGAGAUGGGGGGAAUUUGUUUGACAUCGUCACAGAUGAAGAUACGCAAGAAGGAGUCAUCAAGUUGAAGAAGCCCUUAGAUUUUGAAACGAAGAAGGCGUACACUUUCAAAGUGGAAGCCUCCAACCGUCACCUGGACCACCGGUUUCAGUCGGCCGGCCCUUUCAGGGACACGGCCACGGUGAAGGUGAGCGUGCUGGACGUGGAGGAGCCCCCCGUGUUCGGCAGGCCGCUGUACGCCAUGGACGUGUACGAGGACACGCCCGUGGGGACCAUCAUCGGCGCUGUCACCGCGCAGGACCUCGACGUGGGCGGCAGUGCUGUGAGGUACUUCAUAGAUUGGAGGAGCGAUGGGGACAGCUACUUUACAAUAGAUGGAACGGAAGGAACCAUCGCCACUAACGAGUUGCUGGACAGAGAGAGCACUGCGCAGUAUAAUUUCUCCAUAAUUGCGCGUAAAGUUAGUAACACAUUAUUAACCAGCAAAGUCAACAUAUUGAUUAAUGUCCUAGAUGUCAAUGAAUUUCCACCAGAAAUAGCUGUGCCAUAUGAAACGUCUGUGUGUGAAAAUGCCAAAUCAGGACAGAUCAUUCAGACAGUCAGCGCUGCAGACCGAGAUCUCUCCCCUGCUGGGCAGCAGUUCUCCUUUAGAUUAUCACCCGAAGCUGCCAUCAAUCCAAAUUUUACAGUCCGUGACUUCAGAAACAACACAGCUGGAAUUGAAGCCAGAAGAAAUGGAUACAGCCGGAGGCAGCAAGAGUUGUAUUUCCUCCCUGUUGUAAUAGAAGACAGCAGUUACCCUGUCCAGAGCAGCACUAACACAAUGACCAUUCGCGUUUGUAGAUGUGACUCUGAUGGUACCAUCCUGUCUUGUAAUGUGGAAGCAGUUUUUCUACCUGUAGGACUCAGCACUGGGGCUUUGAUUGCAAUCCUGCUCUGCAUUGUUAUACUCUUAGUCAUCGUGGUGCUGUACGUGGCCCUGCGGAGGCAGAAGAAGAAGGACACGCUGAUGACCUCCAAGGAGGACGUGAGGGACAACGUGAUCCACUACGACGACGAGGGCGGCGGCGAGGAGGACACGCAGGCCUUCGACAUGGGCGCGCUGCGGCACCCCACGGCCGAGGACGGCGGCGCGCGCAGGGACGACUUCGGCUUCCUCGCCGACUGGGGGCCGCGCUUCAGGGUCCUGGCCGACCUGUUCGGGGAGGAGGAGGGGCGCCGCCCCGACGGGGGCACUUAG